AUGGCAGAGUACAAAGCCUUCACGGGCUACGCGCGUCGCCUCGGCGACGAUGGUCAAGUUGUGCAGGAGCGCACGGCGAUCGUCGAGGUGCCAGUUAGUCUCGAUGAGAGCGCUCAGCUCGAGGAGACGCAGGGCGCGGAGCUCGAGUCGACGCCCCCGAGUGCUUUCGAGAAGGCUGGGGGAACGCUCGAGGAGAUGGGCGUAGUCGCAUCAGCGUGGCAGCUGCAGCCCGACAAGUACAACGGCAAGCUCAUCGACUCCGUGGACACCUUUCUCCUGAGGAUCGCCGAGACCAAGACCAUGGUUCUCACCGAGCCUGAGUUCAUCCAGUCAGUGGAGGAUCUCUACGAUGAGUUCAAAGAACUGAACCUGCACAUCAAGACGUUCAACCAGCCGAGGCGCUCCGUCAAGCGGCAUGCCAGCGACCCGCCCGAUUGCGACGACACGGCGGGCUGCGACACGUUGCCAGACACGAUGCCAGACACGUUG